CCCGCCAGCAGUUGGCAGUGGGGGCGCUGGCGCGUCGGCCGCUCCGCUGUCCCGCCGGCAACCUCGGGCUCCCGGAGCCAGCGGUCCAGACGGCGGCGCCGCGCGGGGGGCCGGGAUCGGGCGGCUGGAGGCUGCGAGGCGGGAGGCGGCGGAGGAGGCGGAGGCCGGCCGGAGCCCCGAGCGCGCCCCAGUCUCGCUCGCAGCCCGGAGCUCGGGGCUCGGCGCCCUCCCGGCCCGCGUGCCCGCGCGGCCACAUGGCUCCUCUCCGCGCGCGGCUGUCCUGCCUGCUGCUCUUGCACUGUGCGCUCUGCGCCAACGCGGGCAGCAGGACCCCAGAGUUGCGCUUCUCAAGAAAGCUCAGUGACUAUGGUGUGACAGUGCCCUGCAGCACAGAUUCUCAGGGACGCUUCCUCUCCCACGUGGUAUCCGGGCCACCAGCAGCCUCCUCAGGGAGUACAGAGGUGGACAGACCACCCGCACCACUGUCACACUCCGGUCACCUGCGGGUGGCUCGAAGCCCACUGCGCCCCAAAGGAGUGACCUUGCAGCCUGGCAGCGGGGGGCGCUCCUCCCUCUACUUCAACGUCACUGUUUCUGGGGAGGAACUGCACUUACACCUGCGGCCCAACCGGCGGCUGGUGGUGCCCGGAGCCUCGGUGGAGUGGCAGGAGGAUUUUCGGGAGCUGUUCCGUCAGCCCUUGCAGAGGGAGUGUGUCUACACCGGGGGUGUCACGGGCAUGCCAGGGGCAGCUGUUGCCAUCAGCAACUGCGACGGAUUGGCGGGCCUCAUCCGCACAGACAGCACUGACUACUUCAUUGAGCCCCUGGAGCGGGGGCAGCAGGAGACGGAGGCCAGCGGGAGGAUGCACGUGGUGUACCGCCGGGAAGUCGUCCAGCAGGCGUGGACAGAGCCUCUUGGGGACCUUCACAAUGAAGCUUUUGGCCUGGGUGACCUUCCCAACCUGCUGGGCCUGGUGGGGGACCGGCUGGGAGAAGCAGAGAGGAAGCGGCGACAUGCCAAGCCGGGCAGUUACAGCAUGGAGGUGCUGCUGGCGGUGGACGACUCGGUGGUGCGCUUCCACGGGAAGGAGCACGUGCAGAACUACGUCCUCACCCUCAUGAACAUCGUGGAUGAGAUUUACCACGAUGAGUCCCUGGGGGUCCACAUAAACAUCGCCCUUGUCCGCUUGAUCAUGGUUGGCUACCGACAGUCCCUGAGCCUGAUCGAGCGUGGGAACCCUUCUCGCAGCCUGGAGCAGGUGUGUCGCUGGGCGCAGUCUCAGCAGCGCCAGGACCCCGGCCACGCGGAGCACCACGACCACGUCGUCUUCCUCACCCGGCAGGACUUUGGGCCCUCAGGUACGCAAGGGUACGCGCCUGUUACUGGCAUGUGCCACCCCCUGAGAAGCUGUGCCCUUAACCACGAAGAUGGCUUCUCCUCGGCCUUCGUGGUGGCCCACGAGACUGGCCACGUGCUCGGCAUGGAGCACGAUGGUCAGGGGAAUGGCUGCGCAGAUGAGACCGGCCUGGGCAGCGUCAUGGCGCCCCUGGUGCAGGCUGCCUUCCACCGCUUCCACUGGUCCCACUGCAGCAAGCUGGAACUCAGCCGCUACCUCCCCUCCUAUGACUGCCUCCUUGAUGAUCCCUUUGCACCCGCCUGGCCCCGACCCCCGGAGCUGCCCGGCAUUGACUACUCAAUGGACGAGCAGUGCCGCUUUGACUUCGGCACUGGGUACCACACCUGCUCAGCGUUCAGGACCUUCGAGGCCUGCAAGCAGCUGUGGUGCAGCCAUCCUGACAACCCUUACUUCUGCAAGACCAAGAAGGGGCCCCCGCUGGACGGGACGGAGUGCGCGCCAGGCAAGUGGUGCUUCAAAGGUCACUGCAUCUGGAAGUCGCCGGAGCAGACUUAUGGCCAGGAUGGAGGCUGGAGCUCCUGGACUAAGUUCGGGUCAUGUUCACGGUCGUGUGGGGGCGGGGUUCGAUCCCGUAGCCGGAGCUGUGACAAUCCCCCCCCAGCCUAUGGAGGCCGCCUGUGCUCGGGGCCCACGUUCCAGUACCAGGUCUGCAACGGCGAGGAGUGUCCGGGACCCUACGAGGACUUCCGGGCCCAGCAGUGCGCCAAGCGCAACUCCUAUUACGUCCACCAGAAUGCCAAGCACAGCUGGAUCCCCUACGAGCCGGACGACGACGCCCAGAAGUGUGAGCUGAUCUGCCAGUCAGAGGACACAGGGGACGUGGUCUUUAUGAACCAGGUGGUCCACGAUGGGACUCGCUGCAGCUACCGGGACCCGUACAGCGUCUGUGCCCGCGGCGAGUGCGUGCCCGUCGGCUGUGACAAGGAGGUGGGGUCCAUGAAGGCAGAUGACAAGUGUGGGGUCUGUGGCGGCGACAACUCCCACUGCAGGACUGUGAAGGGGACUCUGGGCAAGGCCUCCAAGCAGGCAGGAGCUCUCAAGCUGGUGCAGAUCCCAGCAGGUGCCAGGCACAUCCAGGUUGAGGAGCUGGAGAAGGUCCCCCACCACAUUGCGGUGAAGAACCAGGUCACAGGCAGCUUCAUCCUCAACCCCAAGGGCAAGGAAGCCACGAGCCGGACCUUCACUGCAAUGGGCCUGGAGUGGGAGUACGCGGUGGAGGACGCCAAGGAGAGCCUCAAGACCAGUGGGCCCCUGCCGGAAGCCAUUGCCGUCCUGGUGCUCCCCCCAGCUGAGGGUGGCCCCCGCAGCAGCCUGGCCUACAAGUACGUCAUCCACGAGGACCUGCUGCCCCUUAUCGGGAGCAACAACGUGCUCCUGGAGGAGACGGACACCUACGAGUGGGCACUCAAGAACUGGGCACCCUGCACCAAGGCCUGCGGAGGAGGGAUCCAGUUCACCAAGUACGGCUGCCGGCGCCGACGAGACCACCACAUGGUCCAGCGGCACCUGUGCGACCACAGGAAGAGGCCCAAGCCCAUCCGCCGGCGCUGCAACCAGCACCCGUGUGCCCAGCCUGCGUGGGUGACGGAGGAGUGGGGCACCUGCAGCCGGAGUUGUGGGAAGCUGGGGGUGCAGACUCGGGGAGUGCAGUGCCUGCUGCCCCUCUCCAACAGUACCCACAAGGCCAUGCCGGCCAAGGCCUGCCCCGGGGACCGGCCCGAGGCCCGCCGGCCCUGCCACCGCGUGCCCUGUCCAGCCCAGUGGCGGACGGGAGCCUGGUCCCAGUGCUCCGUCACUUGCGGAGAGGGCGUCCAGCUGCGGCAGGUGGUGUGCAGGGCCAACGCCAGCAGUCUGGGGCAGUGUGAGGGGGACAAGCCGGACACGGUCCAGGUCUGCAGCCUGCCCGCCUGCGGAGGAAAUCUCCAGAAUUCCACAGUGAGGGCUGACGUCCGGGAACUUGUGACCCCAGACGGGGAGUGGGUGCCACAAUCUGGGCCCCUAGAUCCCAUAAACAAGAUAUCAUCAACGGAGCCCUGUGUGGAGGACAGGUCCAUCUUCUGCCAGAUGGAAGUGCUUGAUCGCUACUGCUCCAUCCCUGGCUACCACCGGCUGUGCUUUUGGGGCUGUGACACUUUUCACCCCAUGAAGUGGGUCUAUGAGGAAGAAACAGAUCAGGGAAAGCCCUAACCGGAGAUACCUCAGCAAGCAGCCCAGGUGACCGAAUCAAACCUCUCAGGGGCUCCUGGCUGUCUCUCCUGCCAGGACUGAGGGCCAGCUAAGUCCCCCCAACACACACACACACACACACACACACACACACACACACAGCCACCAGGCCUCACACUGCCUCCCUUUGCCAGAAAUUGUGGGGACCCCUGUGGAGACCCCGAGUACCAGGCUCCUCUGCCAAGAGGGGCAGAGCAGGGCCGGGGAAGGUCGGGGGAACCCUCACAGGGUGGUCCAAGAGGAAGUGGGCUGGGGCCGAAUGUGGUCGUGAGGCUCCAGCUGCAGGGCUAGGGUGGGCGGGAGGCCGGUUCAUCUCACACCCAGCUCUUCAUAGCGAGAGCUCCAGACACCUCCUCUGGCCAUGGCCAAAGGGCAGAGUCCACCUUGCACUUGCUGGCUGGAGGGCCAUGUUGGUGGCCACCUCUGCCCCUGAAGGUGGCACUUCCUAUUACUUCCGGUGCCUCCAGUUUACAGGUGGGCCUUUUAACCUCACCCCAGGCCCCCCUGAGAAGGGGGCUCUGGACACUCUGGAACAUGUGUCCUCAUCAUCCAGGGGGUCCCCAGCUGGUGCUAGGCCCCCUGGCUGGACCAGGAACGGCAACUGUGGUCAUCACUCCGGCGCGUGAAGAGAGCACGGGCUGGAAGGUGACUUUGUGGGGCACAGAGGAGACGUGAGUUCUCAGGCUGAGCCCUGCCAAUCAUUGCCCUCUACCAAAGACCACUCCUGCUGGAGUCAGGCGUCUUCUUCUCCCACCCGGCUUAAGCUGGACUGGAGGUCCAUUUGUGGUACUGGGUGCGGGUGCGGGGGUGACCAGGCUCCAGGGCUGAGGACCGGAGUCCACUCAUAGCCGGGUCCUGGGGAUGACAAGGGCCAAGUGCCCCAGGGCAGGACGUGAGCAUCUGCCCCUCGUGCAGGUGGGGAGGAGACAGCACUGUGGAGCCUCAGCUGCACCCAUGUUACCUCCAAGGGCAGGUAACUUCCCUGGGCCCUCUGGCUCUCAGGAAGCCACCCGGUUCCCGGGACCUCUCCCAGGGAUGCUCACUCAGUCAUGCAGAGGGUCUCCCAGACUCCUCAGCAGGCCGUAGAGGUGCUGGCUAGUUCUCCUGUUCCAGGGCAAGGGGGCCACUCUGAGCCAGGCUAGAGGAAUAGGAGCAGUGGGCCCCGGGCGGCAACCCCCGGAGAGUGGAGGCCCUAGAGGGGCUCCCCAGGUGCCCUCUCCGCCCGCUGCCUGCCCCCUCCCGGCAAGGCUGGGGCACACACUGAACCAUUCCUGCGUGACCCAGCCUGCCUGUGUUAAGUGCCUUUGAGAUCCAGAUCCUUACAAUUUUAUGUAUUUAUUAACAUUGUCCUUGGUGUUUGUUUUGGACCCCAGAACGUUGUGCUGUGUUUUUCUUUUUCUCUCUGUUUUAGUGGAAAGGGCCAGCAAAGCCAGAGCUCUAAUGUGCUGGGCUGGUAAGAUGAUUGGGGUUGGGGGUGGAGAGGGAGGGAAGAGAGCCACGAGAAGACUCGGCCCCCAGCCUCCCCGCCAUGGCCCUGCUUGCUCUGGGGCUCCUCUAAACACCACCUUAGGGUGGAGAGGCAAGAACGGGCCUGGGGGUCCUACUUAGGCUCCUCCACCAAGUAGCUGUGUGACCUUGGGCAAGUCACCGUCCAGAGCUUGGUCCAAAGGGUGGAAGCACCUGGGAGGUAAUUUGGGGGUCGGCAUAGGGAAGGACGUUCUAAUGAACUUUCAAACACACAGGGGGUGUCUCCCUUGGAAGGUGGUGAGCGCUCUUUCCCUGGAAAAGUCCGUGCAGGAGGAGGAUGCCAGACAGGAGGUGGAAGGAACGUGAUGCAUCUUACUGGGUAGGGAGGGCCAACAUGCAAGGUGCUGUAUAAUUUCAUACUACCCCUUGCCCAUGACAGACAUCAUUAAUCCUUACCACACCCUUUCAACGAGUGUAUCACAGGCCCCUCCCUGACAUUUGUGGGGCCCAGGGCAAGAGGAGACCCCUGUCCAGGGACCUCACACACCUGUGUGUGUCUAGGCCUCAAGUCCAAGCUCCAUUUACAUCCCUGUGCAAACAGCUUCCCCUUGGAAACUGCCCCUUCUAAACAGCUACCACUUGGGCCUAGAGGUGCCUACAUGGUGAGCCAGUCACACCUUAGGGGAACUGACCUAGGGAGAUGCUACCACAGGCCCUAGAUUUGGGACCAUUCGGGCGGGGCAUUCUGUGGGCCAUUGUACUCAGAGUGUAGCCUGCAAGGAGGGAGAUCAUGGACCCUGGGUGGGCACAUGCCCUUGGUGCAGUGCAGUCCUUGCCAUGGUGGGUAGUAUGGGUGGAGUGGGGCCCUCUAAGAGCCCCAGCACCCCAGCUCUGACAGCAGUCCUGGCACAUUUCAUGGGGCAGGGAUAACACAUGGAAACACAUGCCGAUGCUUCCCCAUCUCUUGCCCAUGGCAGACAUUGCCAAUCCAUCAGUGCCUUCUGCCCCUAAGAGUCCUUCCCAGAGUGUUCCAGGUACUGACCUCUGAUCAGCUGCCAUCAGCAGGACAAGGAGUCCUAAUAAAGAGGAUAAUACUCGGCUGCCUGUACCACUCAUGCCGGUGGCAGGGCGAUCAUAAAUGGAAACAUCUUUGGCUUUGACGAGGCGCCCAGCAACAGGGAAGUAACGUUCUUGGGGGCACAAAACCAGACGCACAAACAGCAACCGCCACCACAGACACUUACAGCAUUUCUUCUGGUAGUUCUGCGAUUUGCUGCCUGAAUUGUCAUAGUUAGUAAUGAGCUGUGACUCAGGGAAACCUCAGCUGCGGGGUGGCCCUGGUGAAGUGUAGAGGAUUGGGAAGCAGCUAAGGAAGAGGGUUUUUAUCUUCUUUCCCACAAUUUAAAGUAUUAUAACUAACAAGGCUACACAAUUUUUUUUGGUAUGAGAAAACCAGGUUUAUCUGCUGUUGUCAGUUCUAGAGUAUUGCAAACAACAAGAUCAUAGAUUUAAAAAAAAAAAAAAAAAGGACAGCUCAUCCGGCCGUGCCACAGGAGUGGGCCAGAGUCAGGGGUUUAGGCUCCUCUAAGCCCCCAGGCCUCCACCUGUGGAAUCCUUCCCCUUUUCCAGUCUCCCGGUGGCCCUCCCAUCCCUGAGGGGACUGUGGUCUUGGAAGCCCAGGCCACGGCCCUGACCAAAAGUUACCUACACCCUGUUUAGGAUGCAGAACGCUACAAGAUAUCAGUCCUACCCUAACGAUGAGAAGAAGCUAAUAAUCUACAAAGUCAUACCUCUUAGCCCCAGGUGGAUUAAAUUUCAGAGGGUGACAAGUCCCUAGAAGAGAGAGGGCCCAUGCACUCUUCCACCUCUGGCAGAACAUGGAAGAGCAUGGAAGAAAGUGGUCAACAGAGAAGCAGAAAAUGCAACUGAAAUUUUAACAGAUUUUUAAAGGUUAGGGUGACAAUUUGGAAUCAUAGGGAGCCCCGUGCGCAGGGCAGUCUACACCUACUCAUCCCCUCUUCUCCGCAGGCCUCCUCUGGAUGCACACGAGGAGUAUCUGGGGCAGGACAGGAGAGCCUCGACAGCAUCCCCGGGGGCUCCAACCAAGUUUGAGAGUGCAAAUUAAGAAAGCAAUACCUGUUCACAGUGCAUCAGGACAUAAAAUACCUGUACAUGAAAAACUAUAAUGCCUUGCUGAGAGAAACAUGAGAAUAUCUAAAAGAAGCCUCAAUAUUGUUAAGAUAUCAAAUUCUCCCCAAAAUGAUCUAUAAAUUUAAUGUUAUUCCACUCAAAAUUCCAGCAGACUGCGUGUUUUUUAGAAAUUGGCAAACUGAUGAUAAAAUUUUUAUGGCAGAUCUAGAAUAUCCAAAACAAUUCUGAAGAAGAACGAAGUGGGAGGAUUUACGCUACCUGAUUUCUAGGCUUACUGUGAAGCUAUAGUAACCAAGACAGUAAGGCUUUGGUGUAAGAACAGACUCACAGAACAAUGGAACAGAAUAGAAAGUCCAGAAAUAGACUCACACAAUCGUGGUUAGUUCUCAACAAAGUGCCAAGGUAGGUCAAUCAGGACAGGGUAGUCUUCCAAUAAAUGAUGCUGGAAAAAUGGAAGAUCCGCGUGGAAAAAAAUAAAUCUGAACCUUCACCUCAUAUCAUGUGCGAAAAUUGACUCAGUCAAAAUGGAUAAUCGACUUAAAGGUAAGAACUAAAACCAUAACACUUGCCGAGGAAAAACAUUUUUAAAAAUCUUUGUGACCUUGGGUUAGACAAAGAUGACAAUAAAAGUAUAAACCAUAAAAGAAGAGCUUGACAAAUUGGACUUGGUCAAGACUAAAAACUCCUACUCUUCAAAAGACAGUGGUGAAAAAAUGAGAAGGCAAAAAACAGAAAAAAACGAAACCCCACAAGCUGGGAGAAGAUAUUUUCACAUCAUAUAUCUGAUAUUGGACUUGUAUCCAGAAUAUAUAAAGAGUUCUUAACCCCCCCAAAGAAUGGACAAAAGAUUUGGACACUUUACUAAAGAUAUACAGUGACAAAUAGAUACAGGAAAAGAUGCUCAACGUCAUUGGUUAUUAGGGAAAGGCCCAUUAAAACCACGAAGAGAUCCUACUUCCUACCCAUUAGAACAGCUAAAAGUAACAAGAUUGACCACAUCAAGUAUUGGGAGGAUGCUGGGCAACUGGAACUCUCAUGCAUUUGGGUGGGAAUGCAAAGUGGUAGAGCCGCUUAGGAAAACAUUUGGACUGCUCCUUAUAAAGUUGAACAAUACACUUACCUACAACCCAGCAACGACUGCCCUAUGUACUCACACAAGGGAAAUGAAAACUUUUGUCCACAAAGCAACCUGUAUGCAAAUGUCCAUUAACAACUUUAUUCAAAAUAGCCUUCAGCUGGAAACAACCCAAACGUAUAGCAAAUAGUGAAUGGAUAAAUAAACUGGCGUAUCCAUACAACGGACGGAAUACUACUCAACAAUAAAAAGGCGUGAGCCACUCACACGUACAUGCAUGCAUCAACACGCACAGAUAUUCACAGCGUUCUGCGAAGUGAAAGAGCCAGGCCCCAAGAGACUACACACCAGGCCUCAGCAGCGGCCUCCGGGACUCCUGGCUGCGUGCUGCUGGAAGAAACGUGCACGGACAGCCAGAGGCGCCUCGGCAGACCCUCCGCUGCUGGGCGAAGGUCCUGUUCCUGCUGCCAGGACUCCCUGGGAGGGGGUGGCCACCAGGGCUGGCGGCGCCUCAUCGCUCCCAGAGAGGUGGAGGCAGCAGGGCGCCCGCCAAGCUCAGAGUCCCCCUGGGACAAGCUCAGGGAGGCAGGGGGCCUGGCUCCACACCAGCUCUUGGACCCACAUGCAGCCUGCCAGGCCACCGCCUCCCUUCCGGCCUCAGCUCCCUCAUUUGCAAAAUGGGGAUAUGGAACGACUCACAAGGUUGGUUUAGAGCAAAGGAGAAAGUGUCUAUGAAAGUGCUUAGCAAGUGAGGAAUUACUAUUGUUCCUAAAACUCUGAUGAUGGAUAAUAACAUUAAAGAGAGCUGGGGGUGGGGCCGUUCAGUUCUGCCUCACAGGGGUCCUGCCAAAAGCCAUCCAGUGGCUUCCAUUGCCCUUAGGGAGAAGGCCGAAAUCCUUCCCGCAGCUGCCAAGGCCCUGCCGGUCUUCCUCAGAGGUUGUUUCUCCAACCUCUGCUUCAGAGAAUUUGGUGCACUUGUGAGUUGAUCUCCGUGGUGACUGAAUAAGGCCUGUCUGCCCCCUAGACCGUGAGCCCAUGACGGCGGGACUUGCCCUUAAUAAAUGCAGCAUUUGCAGGAUAAACAGGGAUGCACAGAGGUGGUGGGUUCCCUGCCUCCCUUCAAAUUCCCACAGGGCUCCCUAGAUUCUUCCUGGGGACCGGGCCCUGGAAACCAAGAGGCAGCUGGAAGCCAGGAGAGGGGGUGAGCAGCCCGCCGGGCCUUGCAGCUGGAGGUCGUGUCUCCUAGGAGGAGCCUGUCACUGGCUGGUCGAUAUGGCCACUGAUGCACUGAGAAUAAAGGGACCUGUCCAAGGGAGGCAUCCAGAGCUAGAAGGUGAGCCCCAAUGGGGGCUCAGCCCCAGAGCGUCUGGGCCCUGCACCUAGGAGGCCGGUGAGUGAAGGGACUUAGCCCUAAGUCUCCGGGCCAGGCCGAGACAGGCGAGGGGCAUUUGCUGGGUAAGCGGUGAGGAGAGGGGGUGCUUCCCACCUGCAGCCCCUCCAGCUAGCUCCCCAGGUUCCCGGGGCACCCUCUGCUGGGGGGGGUGGAGCUGGGUGGGGUGGAAGAGGGAUGUUGGGGGGCAGCCUUGCACCCCAGCUCGGGAGGGCUGGGGCUCCAGGGUGCGCGGGUCCCACCUCGCUGUCCUAGGGAAGGGUGUUCCUUCUGUGGCCCCUUGACCUUCCCACCCACACCGGGCACUGCCAGGCUGGCACGAGGCUUCCACCAUGUUGCAGGGUAAUAAAUCUCACGCUUCACUGAGGCCCGAAUUGCAGGACUGCACUUUAUCUCAGCGUUGUGCUGUAGGAAAGAAAAAAAAUCUUUGGGAUUCAAAUGUAUGAAAGUCUCAUCCUGUUCUAAACGUAACUAGGGGAGCUCACUAAAGAAACCUCAGGAGGCUUUGAUAGAGCAAUCACCACUGACAAAAGAAAUGUCACUGAAAGCAAAUGACUGGAGCCACUCUUGCCUUCUAAUUGAGCAGCAGAAUUUGUAUCACCGAGGGAGCAGCCAGAGCCUUGUCACGUUCCCGGAAACAGCCAGCCUCCGUGGGGCAGCCUGGCCUCUGGUCCCUUUCUUGCUGGAAACCACCUCCUGGUGGACCUCCAGGCUGUCCACCUGAGACGACCAAGCAGGCAGAGGAAGAGGGGAAGACACAGAGCCUCUUGACCUGGAACUCCGAGGAACACCUGUUCCCUGCAUCACUUCAGACUGCAGCGCUGCUGAGAAAGAUCUCAUCUGUUCACAACCUACCCGCAAAAUACACAGGCCCUGGGCUGUCUGGAGUGCCCAUUUCCUGCCCUGUGGAGAUCCCUGGACUCACGGAGGAAAGUGGCCGCUAUAGCAUGUGGGUGAGUAGCCCUUGCUGCCCCAGCAGGAAAGAGCAAAAGGACGCAUCAACGGAAAGGCUCGUCAGUUCUGUGGGUAAGCCUGUCGCUUUGUGACUGCAUGAGCCAGUGGUUGCUAGGUUACCUCUGCCCCACAACUCCAGAAGCCCGGCACCCCUCUCCUCACCCCCAUCCAGCUUCUCUUACCCUUCCUGGAGGGUCAGGAAGGCUCGCUCUAGGACCUGCUUGCCUCCCUCCAAGCUCCCUUUCUAUCUCCCAUUCAGCGCUUUCAAUGGGGACCAAGGGAGAAAAUGAGAAUCAGGGGCUGGUUUCAGCCAGCGAGCAUCAGGCAGAGAGAGAAAACCUGGCAAAAAGUUUGGUUGGGCUGGGUGCCAGCUCUGUCAGCCUGACCGGGCUGUCUGCCACCACGGAGGGGGUCUGUCUCCAUGCGUCCUAUUUCUGGGGAUUGAUUCGCAGAGAGCUGUCUCUUAGAUGGAGAGGAGGAGGCCGCCAACAGGAUCCAAAGCAUCCCUGCAGCCCUACUCUACGCAGUUUAUUGUAAAGGGUUAUUAUAAAGGAUACAGAUGAACAGCCAGAUGGAGAGGUACCUAGAGCAAGAUCCCGUGUACAGGAGCAUCUGUCCCUUUGGAACUGGGGUGUACCACUCCCAACAUGUGGACCUCUCACCAACCUGGAAGCUCUUCAAACACCAUCCUUCUGGGGUUUCGUGGAGGUUUCAAUAGGAUGGUCAGUUACCUGGUAACGUGUCAUCUGAACAGGACUCACAGCUCUGGAGCUGGCAGCUAUAGACUGGUCUAAGUCAGCAGUCAGGAAGCUUACCCAACGUGGAAAAGCAGGCAUCAGAGAAGAGAGAAUAAGUCUGAGCUCUCCAGAAAGAUCUAAGAUCAUGGCACCAGACAAGUUUCCUACAUUCAUCCCUUUUCGACUUACAUGUCCCUUCUUUGACUCCCAUCCCAAGUUCUCCCCUCAUACUCUCUUUGAAUACCCAAUAAUUCUUACAAUCUCAUGUAUCUCUUCUGCAAGCCUGUCAGCUCCAAGAGGUUAGAGGCCACAUCUAUCUUGUUUAUCACCAAGCAUAGGGCCUUGCUCUGCAUGGUGGUUACAUGGGUAUAUUUGUUUUGUACUAAUUCAUCAAACUCCUGGUGCAAUGCCUCAUGCCCAAUAAAUAUUCAUUGAAUGAAUGAAUAGAUGAAACAGAGUCUAAGGUAGUUAUUCUUCGUAUUCACCCCUUACAUGCCUGAGUCCUCGCCUCAGAAGUCCUACCCACUGUAUGCUAGUAUUUGUCAACAAAACAGCUCUAGUGACAGGGAGCUCUCUACUGCCCAAGGUUGCCUGUCCAUUUUCUGUGUAGUCCUGUUGGCUAGAAAGUUCUUCUUAAUAUUGAACUAAAAUAUAUCUCCUUGAAGCUUCCAGUCAAUAUUCUUGAUUUAUUCUUACAGUCACGUAAAUCAAGCCUCGGCCCUCUUUGUGAUGACAACUCUGUAAGAGCCCAUGGCAUGUUAUGCAACUCUAAGUAACUCCACAUGACUAGGGAAACCAGAAAUCCCAGAUGGCGCAACACAGCCCAGGUUAUUACGCCUGCAGUCCCAGAAAACUUAUUAGUUAUGUCCUCAGUCUCAAAAGUGUCCCAGAUUGGAUGAUUAAUUACAUAGUUACUCUAAUGAUGCCUGGGGUAUAAAGUCUGAGGGUGAGGUAGAGAUGGGGGAGAUGAAGGCAGAGAGAGGCAGGGGCUGAUCAUAAGGGGCCUUGUGGACCAAGUUCAAGAAGAACAUUCAAUUAACUGGGCCUUGUCUGGUACCUUCCCUUGGAGGGCAUCCUCUCCAGAUAUGAUCUAAUUCACAGACAGAUCAGUACAUCCAUUGAUAGAUGAUUAUUGCUAUGGAUUAUCAUUUAUGGACGACAUCAGAGAUGGACGCCCUCUCCUUCUACCCUGACCCUGAGCUCCGGAUAUAGCUGCUGCCCGCCCAGCUGCCCGAAGCCCAGCUCCUCUGAAGGGGAGGCACUGAAAGGACGCCUGGAAGAGGAAGAUGCCGAGUACGGACCUUCUGAUGUUGAGCCGCAUUCUAAAUUUAAGGAAGCCAGGAGUGAAACCACUCUAAGACACUGAGGUCGUGAUCCAUUUAGAGGGAUGCGGAGCCAAUUUAGUGCGCCAAGCCUUUGAAAAAAGAAGGGAGAAAUAGAAAAGAAAUAAGGCCUUUGAGCCCUACUUCGAGAUUUUGGAAGUGUAUUCCACAAAGGCCAAGAAUUAUGUAAACGGGCAUUGCACCAAGUAUGAGCCCUG